AUGGAUCGAAGAACUAAGAAAAAGCAAAAGCGCAGCAAAUCGCAAGUAAUCGCAUCUCUCUCAAAGAAGGAGUUGCGAGAAGCGAUGAAGAAGCAAAACGACGCAGCUUUGGACCUUACACGUAAAGUAAUAGCUUCCGAAGCACGUCACGCUAACUUCGUCUUCUCUCCGGCUUCAAUCAGCGCUGCACUCACGAUGAUGGCUGCUGGUAAAGGCUCUGGUUCCGACGAGCUUAACGCCGUCUACAGCGAGAUUGCUACAGUCGUUUUUGCUGACGGCAGUGCCAGCGGUGGCCCCAAAAUCACGGCGGUUAACGGCGUUUGGGUCGAGCAAUCACUCCUGGUUGAUCAUUCGUUGAAAAAUCUCUUUGAGAAUGUCUUCAAGGCUACUUUCACUCAAGUUGAUUUCAUAUCAAAGGCUGAGGAAGUGCGUAUAAAGCUGAAUAGAUGGGCUUCGGAUCACACCAAUGGUCUCAUCAAAGAUAUUCUUCCUCCUGGAUCCGUUAAUUCACUAACCCAACAGGUUUAUGGAAACGCAUUGUACUUAAAGGGAGCCUGGAAAGACCACUUCAAAAAGUCUUUGACGAAAGAAGAAGAGUUUCACCUUCUUGAAGGCAACCCGGUACGUGUGCCUUUCAUGAGAAGCUACGACAAACAAUACAUUGAGGUUUACGACGGCUUCAAGGUCCUUCAACUACCAUAUCGACAAGAGCUUAAUGAUGAUGAUACCGGCCGGAAAUUUUCUAUGUAUUUCUAUCUUCCGGACAAGAAAGAUGGAUUGGAUAAUCUUGUUGAGGAAAUGACAUCAACUCCUGGAUUCUUGGAUAGUCAUAUUCCGAAGGCCAGAGUUUUAGUUGGUGAUUUCAGAAUCCCAAAGUUUAAGUUCUCUUUCAUGUUUGAGGCUUCAAGGGCUUUGGAGGGAGAUGUUUUAGAGAAAAUGUACCAUAAAGCUUGUGUCGAGAUCGAUGAAGACGGCGCUGAAGCUGCGGCUGUCACUAUUUUCAAAGGAGCAGGCUGUUCCCGUUUCAGGCCCCCUCCUCCGAAGAGGAUAGAUUUUGUGGUGAUCAUCCAUUUCUUUUCUUGA